AUGGCCACCACCAUGAACCCCGUCGACCUCUACAGCGAUCCUGCCCUUGACGGUAUCAUCGACACAUCAAAGCCCGCUCGCCGCUCGUCACAUAAUCGGCGUGCCAGCGGACAGGUGUUUGAUAGCAACACCAUGCCCCAUGCGCCAGAAGUCCCUCGUGGACCGCCCAUCUCCUAUCGCGGUGCACCCGUCGAUCCAGCAGUACCUCAAAGAAGCUUCUCGCAGCGAGCUAAAGGCAGACCGUUUGCCAAAGAAGCCUUCGAGGUUGAAAACCAGUCUCCUUCACCGGUCGCCGAGCCUGCGCCUGUUCCGCGACCAAGUCGACAUCAGGCUCCCCCCAUCGCUGCUGCACAGCCCCCAGAGCGAACCCAGCGAGGCACCGAGUCUAUGCCGACAAAAACACAUCGUCCCCUACAAGACAACCCGCCAUCCUCGAGUCCGGUAAAAGAGAAGUUACGCGUGGACACCAAUAUUCCCAGUCAAGAGAACACUAGGCCGAAGAGACAAGCAGCGCAACCCGGCGAUACGAUGCCUUCGGCGCGAUCCCAGCCGAUUGAGCAACAACCACGACGGGCAUCGGCUGCUACCCGCAGUCAACAACCACAGCUGCAAGGGCCGUCACAGGUUCCUCUGUCUGCUAUGAGCAGAUCCAGCGCUCGCGUGGCAGCAGAUGGCAGCCGAGACUGGGCUCCUGAUCGCUCGCCUUUGCAGAAGCUGGAAGUGACGCUGAACGAUAUGAGCAAGGAAGAGAAGCGCGCAAGGGUCCAAGAGGCGGAGAUGAAUCUUCGGGAACAAAAAGCGCGGCGCGCCAUGCAAGAAGCUGGCAUUGAUCGAGAUGAGCCUCUCGUGGGUAUUGAGAUGCCCAAGGGAAGUAGAGCACCACGUACAAGAGAACCAGAAACCGCCGCUGCGGAGCCGAACCUCGAGGAUGCUGGGCUUGUGAGGAACCUGAGCAAGACGCACAGAGACCGCUUACAGCACAGCACGAUAAUUGACAAUCAUCGGCCCGACGUGAGAAUGUUGUCAGGAGAGGGAAAGCGAGGAUUCGACUAUUCGCCUUCUCAACCCGAACCAGAGCCCGUUUCGUAUCCUCGAACGAAUCAAGCAUCAGCGGAGCCUCGACGGGUAUCCUUAGGUCGAACUCCUGGACACUCGCGUACGGCAUCAACCCAGCAAUCUCAGGGACAGCCUCGGGGGCAUCCCCGAGUCGCAGCUGACGACGAGACGAUAUCGCCAAAUGUCUCUGACCGCUCUCCUGGAUUGGCUGAAUGGGAGCGCAAUGCUUCACACAAAGCCGCCCUGGCGAAGCUGACAGGUACUGCACCUGACGCUGCUGCAGUCAGAACUGGGUCACGGAAACUGCAGAAAGCUCCACCUCUAGACAUCCACCCAACAAAGAUGCGAAAGCAGGAGACCGUGGCCGAACAUGAACCUACAACCCAGUCACGAGUUAAGUCUGACGCGCCCUCGUCUGCAAGAGAUGUUUCCCAACAGUCGGUGCCUCAGGCACUGACUCCUCCGCCGCGGAUACGAGAUCCGAAUGGCGUGGGAGCUGGCUCGCCUGCAUUCAGUAGCCCAAUGUCCUCUAGAUUGCGGGAAGGCGUGGGCAAGCGAACAAGCAAGUCGAGCGUGACAUUCAAGGAGCCGAUCAGUAAGCGACCAGUCGAUGAGUGGAAAGAGGCGAAGACAGUACGGCUGAGUAUGGUUGACUUUAAAUAUAACGAACCGGCAGGAGCACAAGUCGAGCAAGCGGAGAAGGGGAAGGCUUGGUGGGAAGAGCACAACAGUACCACACGCCGCCGGAGAAGGUCAUCUGCUGCUGCAGCUGCGGCCGCGGCCACCAACGUUCGGCAGGGCGAUGCAAUCGAUGAUGCUCGCGCCGAGUUUAAGCCCAGGCUGUUCGUCCGCUGCGGCCCUCUAUUGCGUUACCUGGGUCUGAAGAGCAUUAAGGACGAAGGUGGCAAGACGAUUGGCGAAGUCUGGCGCGGUAGUAUCAUGAUUGUGACGCAAGACAGCCACUCUGACUACUCGAGUCCGCCCACGUUGAGGUUGUUUGGUAAGCCAAAGAGCUUGCUGCCCCCACCGCCCGAGCAAGUAGUCGGAGAAGAGUUGGCAUCAGAGUACAUCGACCCUCUAGCUGGCCUCACGAAGAUGUCCCGGAUAGGCAGAGCGUUGUAUGUUCGGCCGGUCGAUCACCUGGUGGAAGAGAAGGAUCUCUCACAACUCGAGAAUGACGAAGGUCUGUUCGAGGCUUCUCCCAGUCUCCUUGACUCAAAUGGCCAUGCGGGCAAGACCACCGCAGCCAGCAACAACAGAAACCUGGAUCAAGACGGCGAGGCGGUGGGGAAAUACCAGGAGGUUCAAGCCGCUCGCCUCUACGCUGAUCCUGAUCGGGACGUCACGUUUUGGCGCUUCAACAUUGAAGUCGAGCUCGGCGAAACUGGCCAACAUAUUGCCUACCGAAUCAGUCGAGGCGCUAGCUCCGGAUUCUGGGUACCUGCCCGAGGAACAUCGAUGAACAUCAUGUUUCACAGCUGCAAUGGUUUCAGUCUGUCGGUCAACCCAGAUCAGUUCUCCGGUCCAGACCCUCUCUGGCGUGAUGUUCUCAACGUCCAUCAGACACGCCCAUUCCAUGUCAUGAUCGGCGGCGGUGACCAGAUCUAUAAUGACCGUGUUACUACCGAGACUCGGCUGUUUAGUGAUUGGCUCAAGAUUCGCAAUCCUCAACACAAGCACAACGCGCCUUUUACCAAAGAUAUGCAGGAAGAGCUCGAAAGCUUCUACCUCAACCGAUACUGCAUGUGGUUCUCUCAGGGUCUAUUCGGCAUGGCCAGCAGCCAAAUCCCGAUGGUCAAUAUCUGGGACGAUCACGACAUUAUUGAUGGCUUUGGCUCGUAUCCGGACCACUUCAUGAAGACGCCGGUCUUCUCGGGCUUGGGCAACGUCGCUUUCAAGUACUACAUGCUCUUUCAGCACCAGAGUGUUCCUGAAGAGACGGCAGCGCACGAGCCUAGCUGGGUGCUAGGCCACGAACACGGCCCAUACAUCAACCAAUUGAGCCGAAGCGUAUUCAUGCAGCUAGGUAAACAAAUUGCUUUUCUCGGCAUCGAUUGCCGAACAGAGAGGAUGAGAGACGAAAUUCUGAGUAUUCGCACGUUCGAUAAUCUACUCGAGCGAUGCCGAUCAGAGAUCGUCGAGGGGGAAACGAAGCAUUUGCUUGUCUUGCUGGGUGUACCUAUUGCGUACCCACGACUGGUAUGGCUCGAAAAUGUGCUUACUAGCCGUGCGAUGGAUCCCAUCAAGGCGCUCAAUCGCAUGGGCGUGAUGAAGACCGGCUUUUUGAACAAGUUUGACGGCGGCGUUGAGAUCCUGGAUGACCUUGAUGAUCAUUGGACCGCUAGUCACCACAAGAGCGAGCGUAACGACCUCAUCACAGAUCUCCAGGACCUCGCUGCCGAGAAGUCUGUUCGAAUUACGAUUCUCGGUGGCGAUGUGCAUCUUGCUGCGGUCGGCCAGUUCAGGUCGAACCCAAAGCUCAAGAUUCCGAAAGACCACGACCACCGGUACAUGCCGAAUGUCAUCUCUUCAGCUAUUGUCAAUACGCCUCCUCCAGACAUCAUGGCCGAUAUCAUCAAUAAGCGCAACAAAACCCAUACAAUGGACAAGUAUACCGAAGAAGACAUGAUUCCCAUGUUCACGCAUGACGUCGACCGAAAGAAGCGCAACAACGUGCAUUUACUACCUCGCCGCAACUGGUGCUCUAUCAAAGAGUAUGUGCCGGGAUCAACCCCACCACCAACGCCGCCUCGGAGUUUGACUCCCUCGAUCGACUCGAACGAGGAUGAAGUUGACGAUCUGUCCCUUGAUCCCGACUGUGAGCCACCAAAACGUCGCUUCUCCUUCACCAAAGAACCAGCCAACCUCAUCCGCAGGCUGAGCACCAAGCGCGCCCCUCCCUCUGCGUAUCCUCAGAAUGAAGCGCCGCCACAGUCCGCCUCCUUUAAUGGCGUUGACACUACCAAAAAAGGGUUCUUUGGCCGCAGCUUCAGCCUCUCUUCCCGUCGCGCAUCGUCUGCUUCGCCCGAUGGUCGGCCGCGCGCCGCCUCCCUGGAUCGAGGGCAGCCAGACUCCUCAGGUAAUCUGCCACGUGCCCGUCCUGGCAUUCUGCGGCGGCCUACGAACUUCUCAGAGAAGGCUGCUCGUAAGGGUAAUGUCCCUGCCAUCGAUGCCGAAGGCAACGAAAUCGACGUCAAUGACACUAUCGAUCUACAAGGAGGCCUUGACGUGGUCUUGAACGUUGAGGUUAAUCAAAAGGAUCCUGCGGGUAUUACGACGCCCUACCGCCUGCUUGUUCCUGCGCUCUGGUACGAUGGUUCGUCAGAUCGAGAGAAGCUUCCUAACACGCCGAUCAUGGAGAAGAAAGGUCCGUUGCUAGGCCGCAUGUUCAGCAGCCGCAAGGGAAACAGGAACACAAAUAAAGCCCCAGCUAGCCAAGGUCAAGGAAACUGGGGCCAAGAGGUCAGCGAUAGCGAGAGCUACAGUGGCGAAGAGCCCAUGGCAGCCGGAAAGCAGCAGCCCCCCAGACGACGAUUUAGCCUCUUCGGAAACCGGCGCCAGAAGCAGGAGGAGCUUUAUUCCAGCGACGAGGACUCUGACUUGGAUGGGCCCAAAGCCGCUGGUGCAGCGGCUGCAGCCGGUGCCAUACGCCAGGCUCAGACCUCAGCCGGCUUCAAUCAGCCCCCAGCCCCUCAGAAUUCGCAGCAGGCCCAGCAGCAGAUGCCGCAACGACAUACUUCAGCGCCAAACGCCAGCACUGCGCCGCGGGGCCAGGGCGCAUACGAUCCCAAUCGUUUCAUUCAGCCCAAUACACCCGGAACGUCCCAACCAGGACAGCGACGCAUGCAGAUGCCCGAAACUCAUGACCCGCUCUACGAUGUGACAAACCAGCCGCCCGCUUAUCAUACUAGUCGCAUGCCUGUACGAUCUCCCAACAGCGCAGGAGUCCAGCAGACACAGAUGCAGCCAGGAGGCCUGCUGCCCUCGCAACAACAUAACCAGCAAUACGCCCAGCCCGUGUCAAGCGCGCCCAAGCGGCACCUAACGAUUGGUGGACGUCAACGGCCGGCUUCGACCUCUUCACCCUCUCAGCCCCCAAUGCAGUCACAGCUAGCGACGCAAGCUCUGCAGCACAACUUGCAGCAGCAUCACUCCCACGUGCCCAAGCACCAUACACAGCACCACGACCGGGCGACCCAAGCGCAGAACCGCGCCGCGCUCCGCCCGGACCCGCACGGCCGCAGUGCCAGCGACAGUUACCCGAUUCAGAGCCCGAGCACCGACAUCUCCAGCGAGACUGAGAGCGACGAGGCUGGCCAAGGGCGGUAUGAGGCCACGUACCCGCAGCCGCCGCAGCGUAGGCAUUUGAGUAAGCAGGAGAGGAUCUUGGGGAUUGGGGAAGAUGACGCGGGAUUGCCGCAGCAGGGAGCGUUGAGAGGUAAUGGUAUCAUUGGGAAGGGGUAUCGUCCACCACAACAGGACGAUGAUGGGGGCCGGCAGUCGGCCGGGUAUUCGGGCAUUGAUGCGUGGAGGGAUCCGAGCAAGCCGAAGAGGGGGUUCAGCUUUAGGGGCAUGCGGGACUGGUUGGAUGGUAGGGGAGGUGACAGGGAGAGGGAGAGGGAUUAUGACUAG